AGUGCAAUCAGCUGUUGACCAACGCGUUUUUCUGCUCGGCAAGGCGCACAAACGCAUCGUUCGACGCGGAUUUUAAGCGUUUUUUAAAUUUGUGUAAUAUAAUAAUACUAAUUAUGAGCGCGCUCAGUAGGCGGGAGGCGUGGAUGGCUGUGGCUCAGGAAUGCAAAAUACCAAUGGAAACGUGCCAAGCUCGAUGGAAGACCCUACGCGAUCGCUACGUCCGGGAAAUAAACAAAUCCAGUCCAAAGGGCUUUGCUUUGUUCGAGAAUCUUAACUUUCUCAGAGGACACAUCAAAUUAAAAAGACGGCGCCCCUCAAAUCCGUCGGAUCCGCCCUAUUUAACCUACUAUAUAGACGAAAUGACUCAGGAUGGAACGUCCAGCUCCAUGAUUAUGCAAUAUCCCUUGGAAGAGCAGCAGGAGCAGGGGUACGAACAGUUACAGCAACCGAUACAUGAACAGGAACGCGUACAUCAAGAGGAACAGCGACAGGUACAGGAACAGCAACAGGUACUCGAACAGGAGCAGCAACAGGUACACGAAGAAGAACAGGAACAGGAGUACCUUAGUGACAAUGCUGAGAGCUCCAGUGUGGAGUUUGUUCCGGAAGAUACGCCCAUUGCCAACGAACUUGCCAUUGACCCCCAAAAUCCUCCCCUGCCUGCCAACAACCCGCCACCAGCCAUGGAUGGCAUGACUGCUUUAUCAAAAUUAAUCAGUAUGCUUGAGGAAGCUCUGAAGGAGAAAUCAAAGCCAGUGGUACCCCAAGAUCCCUUCUACAAAUAUCUAGAAAGUAUUCUGAGUCGCGUGGAUGAAGGCACACGUGCCGAUAUACAACUCCGUCUGCUUAACUUUGUCCACGAAGAGAUCAAGAAGUCAGAGAUACCCUGCCAAUAUUUACAGUCAUUUAUAAUUGUAUCAUGACCAGUUGAAGUCGAA